UUUCCUCCCUCAGAGAGUAUUUAAACUUCACACUCAGACUCCAGCUUCAUCAGCUUCAUCCCAGAAGGUCCAGAUCAAAGAAGAGACUGACUGCUGACGAUGGCGAAGCCGACGGUGUGUGUGUCUGCGCUGCUGCUGCUGCUGCUGCUGGGGAUGCUGAGUGAAGGCGGUCUUUCACAGUCUGCAGUGCCUUGCUGCACCCGCUACAGUAAAACGCCGAUGCCAGUGAAACUGCUGACAGCCUGCACACCCCAGACAGACCUUGGAGCCUGCAACAUCAAGGCGAUCAUUUUCAGGACAGUGAAGAACAGAUUGGUCUGUGCCGACCCUGAGAAGCGGUGGGUGAAGAAGGCCAUGAAGUCUCUGUCGUGCGAAACACUUUGACCUCCAUCGAUGCUCACAGAGCUCCCAAGAGCCCAAAGACAAGAUCAAGAUUAAGUGAAUGUUCUGUUUCUUAUUUCUGUGUAUGACUAUUCAAGUGUUUUUGUUCCAAUCUCAAUAAAUACAAUAUAUUUUUUGAAUCUGUC